AUGAGAUUGAUCAAGAUCUGUGGAAUACAAAGUAUAGAUGCCGCGGAAACAGCAGUGAUAAACGGCGCGGAUCUCUUGGGUUGUAUUCUCGUCCCUAAAAGAUCACGUACCGUGACGCCUGAUUUAGCGAAACGAAUUUCUCAGCUUGUACGCCAUAAACGAAGCAAGACUAUUGAACAGAUACUUGAAGGUAUAGCAAAGCGAGAUUUUGCCAGUUCAACUGUAUUGGAUUAUUUUGCAUUUUUGCAACACGAAAUUCUUCAAAAUGGUCCCUUUCUUGUGGGAGUUUUUCGAAAUCAACCAUUUGAUGAAGUGCUUCAUGUAGCUAAAGAAUUGAAUUUGGAUUUUAUUCAAUUACAUGGUGAUGAAAACAAAUUAGAGUUUAUCAAGGCAGGGAAAGAACACGGAUUCGGAGUGAUUCCAAGAUACGUUAUACCACAGCAGGUUGAAAAGUUGAAGUCCGAUAGUGAAGAGAUCAUGAAGUUGGGUUCCUUAAGUAUACCGCUUUUAGAUUCAGAUCAAGGUGGAGAGGGGAAAGUCAUUGAUUGGGAAUACAUCAAUGUUAAUUUGGGUUUCACAAGGUGUAUUUUAGCAGGCGGAUUGAAUCCGGAGAAUCUUGCCCAAACAGAACAAGUAAACAAUGUGAUUGGGUAUGACGUAAGUGGUGGUGUAGAGACUAAUGGUGAGAAGGAUAUGGUCAAAAUUGCACAGUUUAUUGCAAGAGGUAAAGCUAUAUAG